AAAUUUCAAAGCCAAAACAGUGUUAAUUUGUGAUUUGACCACUGUUCAUUUCAUACGUCCUAACGCACGUUCACUUUGCGGUUUGCGCAUCGCGUUAUUCAUUUCUUCUCAACCUCGUGUAGUCGAUGCGUCCCUAAUUCCGGUUGAUACGGUGCCUUAAUCCACGCAUUCAAGAUGGUUAGGGUGGACAAAACGACAUGGAAGGCAAAUUACUUCACCAAGAUUACUCAGCUUUUUGAUGAAUACAGCCGUUGCUUCAUUGUCGGAGCUGACAAUGUUGGUUCCAAGCAGAUGCAGGAGAUUCGCAUUGCUCUCCGUGGACAUGCUGUUGUUCUUAUGGGAAAGAACACCAUGAUUCGCAAAGCCAUCCGUGGUCAUUUGGAGAACAUUCCUGCUUUGGAGAGGCUUCUUCCCCACAUUGUGACCAAUGUUGGCUUUGUUUUCACCAAUGAAGAUCUUGCCGAAAUUCGUGACAAGCUUCUGGCCAACAAGAAGAGGGCUCCUGCUCGUCCUGGUGCCAUUGCUCCUUGUGCAGUAACCAUCCCUGCCCAGAACACUGGAUUGGGUCCUGAGAAGACAAGUUUCUUCCAGGCUUUGCAGAUCCCCACCAAGAUUUCCAGGGGUACCAUUGAAAUUGUGAAUGAUGUGCAGUUGAUGAAGGAAGGUGACAAGGUGGGUGCUAGCGAAGCCACGCUUCUCAACAUGUUGAACAUUUCCCCCUUCACCUAUGGUUUGGCUGUCCAGCAAGUAUAUGACCAGGGCACUGUCUUCUCUCCCAAAGUGCUUGAUAUCACUGAUGAAGAUCUCAUGGGAACAUUCCAGACAGGUCUGAAUAAUGUUGCUGCUGUGUCACUAGCAAUUGGCUUCCCAACAAUUGCUUCUGUGCCGCACUCUGUUGUCAAUGGUUUCAAGAGGUUGUUGGCUCUGGCAGCUGUAACAGACAUUACUUUCAAGCAGGCAGAGACACUCAAGGAGUUCUUGGCUGAUCCAAGCAAGUUUGCAGCUGCUACUGCUGCUUCUGCUCCAGCAGCUUCUGCUGCUGCUGCAGCUCCAGCUGCUGAAGCCGCAAAGGAAGAGGAGCCAGAAGAGGAAUCUGAUGAUGACAUGGGCUUCGGUCUCUUCGAUUAAACGUCCACCAUGGCGUUGAUCAUUGAAUAAAUAUGAAACAAAAA